UGUUGGUAAUCUGGGAACAGGAAAUGAUAAUCUUUGAGCAAGGGAAUUGAAAUGAAUUGGUUUAGGAGCAGGAAAUUUGAACUUAUUGAUACUGGAAACGUAAUAUGUUAUUAAUGGAAAAUAGUGAAGAAGAAUUAGAGGAAUGGAGGGAUAUAAUGAUGAGUUCUAAGGGUAUAUUCUCAGGUUUUGGACCUGAGAAAUGUGGAUGCAAAUCAAUUGAUGAGUUUUUAAAUGGUGGGGAGGGUAGUUUUGGGUGUGAUGAUGGUCUUGAGACAUCAGUCGAAAAAUCGUUGAAAUUCGACAAUGGAUCGAAUUCCUUGAUGGGGGUUGAUGAUAAUUCUAGUGUGAUUAAGACUGGUGUGAGCAUAGCUCAGAGGAGGGCGAAUAAGCGUGGUUUAAAUGCUUCCAAGCUUUGUUCCCCUCGGGUUAGGACUAAUAGCUUGUGGCCUUAUUCGAGUGAAUCUUGCUCGCCUUAUGUUACAGUGUCAACCAAUAUUAGUCCGAGGACAUUGCUUGAGUCUCCGAUGUUGCUGCCAAAUUCACAGGUGUUUUCUCUUGGCUAUUUACCUUCAAGUAUAUGGAUGAUGUUGUCAUUGCUGAAUUGUUGUGUGAGGAAGACUUUUAUUCAGAAUGAUUAUUUAUCACCAACAACAGGAAGUUUUGCUUCACGCCCUCUUGAUGGAGACGGUCAAAUGUUGAUUUCAGCAUCAUCUGUGGAUGCAGACAAGGGUAGUGAUGGUAGCUCUUCUGCCUUGUUUAAGCCUCAUACUGAAACUACUUCUUUGUCCGAUUUUCAUGAUGUUAAUAAUCAGUGCCUUAGCUUGCGUACCUUAGUAAGGGUCAAAUUGGAUGUAUCUUCUCUUUUAUCAGAGGUAAAUCUGCUUGGAUCCACUCCCAUUGCCCUACCACAGGGAGGAGCUUCUUUAUCUGUGGUUUUGAUCUUUUGUUGGAACAAUCAAUCAUGUAUUCAUGAUGCUGGGCCUGCUGGCUCACCCCCUGAUUUUUUUUUUUUUUUUUUUUUUUUUUUGAAUGACCUCAAAUCUUGUCUUGUCUAUUUUCAGUCAUGUGACUCAAACAUUGUAUCCUGUUUCCAGAUGCUGCAUAAAAAUGGGUCUUCCAUGGGAGAUGAUUCUAGAAUCCAUGAUUCUUUGGAUGGAAACCAGAAUGGAAUAUAUUCUCACCCUGGAACUUCAAGAACAGCAGAAGAUGGUUACAAUUGGAGAAAAUAUGGACAGAAACAGGUCAAGGGUAGUGAAUAUCCUCGGAGCUACUAUAAGUGUACCUAUCCAAACUGUCCAGUGAAAAAGAAGGUUGAACGCUCUCAUGAUGGCCAGAUUACAGAGAUCAUCUAUAAGAAUGCACAUAAUCAUCCAAAGCCUCAACCUUCUCGGAAGUCAACAUUGGGCUCAUUACCAUUCAAUGAGACAGCAGAUCUAGGUGAUGGCAGUGGUUUGUGUAUGAAAGUUAACAAUGGCCCAGUCUGGAGAAGUAUACAAUCUGGAUAUAAAGAUGUUACCGGGUCAGACUGGAGGAUUGAUGGCUUGGAGACAUCACCAACAUCUGCUUUGACUGAAGUUUCUGAUCCACUUUCAACCACUCAAGGGAAACCAAUGGGUGUGCUGGGAUCAGCAGGAACACCAGAAUUUUCAUCAGCGAUGGUUAGUCAUGAGGAUGAUGAAGAAGAUGCUACUGCUCAAGGACGCUUUUUGAUUGAGCACGAAGGUGAAAAUGGAUCCGACUUGAAAAGAAGGAAGAAAGAUGGCUAUUUUGCCGAGACAACUUUAGGUUCUAGGGCUGUCCGUGAACCAAAAGUUGUUUUCGAGACAGAGACCGACGCAGAUAUACUUGAAGAUGGGUAUCGCUGGCGCAAGUAUGGACAAAAGGUUGUCAAGGGAAAUCCAAAUCCAAGGAGCUACUACAAAUGUACAACUCCUGGAUGCACUGUCAGGAAACAUGUGGAGAGGUCCUCUCGGAGUCUGAGGUUUAUCCUAGUGACGUACGAAGGGAAGCACAACCAUGAGGUGCCAGCUGCUAGAAACAGUGCUCAUGCAAAUUCAGGCAGUGGAAGUUUGACUGCAGCUGCAACUAGUACCCAGCCAUCCCUAGCAUUACCAAGAAAUUCUCAUCUCCCUAAGCCUGAACCUCAUGCUCAAGAUCUUCCCCUUCAUUUUAAUACAAAUAUUGGUUGCAGUAAUGACAUCUUCAGAUCAAAAUAUAUUUGCAAUCUAGGUGCCGGAACCCCUCCGUAUUACCCAAUCAAACUCCCUGCCUUGCCAAACACCACUCCAUAUGGUCCUUUUGGUUUGAGUACAAACCAUCCAGCUUAUGCCAAUAAUAUGGUACCUGCCAUCCCUGAACUUUCCUUCCCACCUCCAUUAGCGUUUCCCUGCUCGAUUGCCAGUUGUUGCAAUCCUGAUAGAUCCCAUUCUACAGUUCCAUCCUUAUAUGCAGGACAGCAACUUGAUGAGAGUGAUGUCAAAUUCUUAAGGCCUAAGCAGGAGCAGAAGGAUGACUCAUUCGAAACAGACAUGAAUAGCUUUGACCAUACAAAUGUUUCAUCUUCGACAUACAACCAUGUCUUGGGAAAUUUCGGGUCUUAACUAUUUUUCUAGGCUUCUGCAACUUGGUCAGCAAAUAAGGUCUGUUAGUUUUUUUCAUGGCUUUAAGUAUUCCUUUUUUUGUUGCCUGAUGUGCUCUAAGUUCUUGUCUCACCCAUUUUCACUUUUAUUCACAGGAGUAAAGAUGCUGGAUUGAUCAUUUUCUUCUAUCUGUCUGGUGGCUGAACAUUCCUAUUUCCGCCUUCAGUUUUAGAUACUCAAUUGAAAAAUUUUCAGAGCUGCCAUCUUGAUGGGAAGACGGAUUUUGGAGCUGAACAUUCCUAUUUCCCGCCUUCAGUCUUAGAUACUCACCUGAAAAUUUUUGCAGCUGCCAUCUUGAUGGGAAGACGGAUUUUGGAGCUGAACAUUCCUACUUCCCGCCGUCAGUUUUAGAUACUCAACUGGAAAAUGUCGGAGCUGCCUUCUUGAUGGGAAGACGGAUUUUGGAGCUGAAUAUUCCUACUUCCCGCCUUCAGUUUUAGAUGCUCAACUGGAAAAUUUCGGAGCUGCCAUCUUGAUGGGAAGACGGAUUUUGGAAUGAAGGAGCUGAUAAAGCAACAAUCUUCACGUUCAAUUUUGAUUGAGACAUAUAAAUGUGAUUCCUACAUCCUAUCUCCCUCUGCAUUUGAAGCUUUUUUUCUAAAUUUUUUUUAUUCUGUUCUCACCUUCUCGUUGCCUUCUAUGUUUCCUUUCCAUCUAUAGCUACCAAGCAACAGAACACUCUUCAGAGAUAUUACCAGAGCCUUGAAAUGGGUGCAUCAGUCAAGCCAUACACGUGGGGCUUCUAUUUAGGUGUUAGUCGAAGCUUAGUUAUGGCUCGAUGGCUCGAUCCCUAUCAUUUGGAAGCUAUAAAAUGUGAUCUAUGGAGUAGUAUCUACUAUAUUGUUAGAUACUACAUCGAUAUUGCAAAUCCUUGUUAUGUAAGAACUCUGAAUUGGGAUUGAGUAUUGCUUCUUCUCCAGUUAUAGUCUUGUAAAUAAGUCUUUUAUACGGUUGGGAAUUAACAGGUAAAGGUAGUGGUGAAGCUAUGUGAAAGAUCAAACAAUAUGUUUUUUUUUUUACGCUUCUUCCUCUUGCCAUCUUUUUCUCAACAUGAGCAAUAUCACAUAAU